AAGAGGGCAACAUUUUGGUCAGAUUGAUAUAAGUGAUUUGAUAACGCUGCGAACGGGCAGUCCGUGUUUUGUAUUGAUGCAGUAAGGAAUGCAGUAAAGUAAGCUGAAAGAUCAAACAUCAUUGAUAAUGUCUGAGGAGUGGAAGAAACCAGAGGACUUGGAUGGGGACCGGCUUUACAAGUGCCGAGAAUGUCUUUCCACGUUCUUGUACCACCGCAGCCUGAUGCGCCAUAUCGGGGAGAACCAUCGGGAUGGAUCCCGGAAGUGGAACUGCAAGACCUGCGAUUAUUCCUCUACCAGGCGGGGGAAUUAUGAAAGGCACGUGGACGGACACCGAAAGGAUGAACAGCGCACGGUUUCCAGAAGAGAGUCGAGCAAAGAAAGAGAACCGGUGGGCCGGGGCGGUGAAAGGGCAAAAUCCCCAGAUCGACGUUGUCCGGAGACGAAGAGAGACGACAGAGACCAGCCACAGGAAAACAACACAGCCAUUAUAAGUGUACAUCCAACUCCAGUGCCUAGUAUUGAUUCUUCCAGAGAUGCCAGAGGCAAGCCUCUUGCCAUGCUUAAGAGAGCCGCAUCCCAGGAUGAGGUGGUUUCGUCAUCGUCAUCAGCAUCAUCUUCGUCGGAGGAAGCUGAGAGUGGAGGAGAGGGUGCCACUGGAAAUGCGCGUACAGACAGACCGGUUUUCAAGAAAGCGAGAGUUGAGAAGAGGAUUACGACGACCUUUACUAUUGAAGGACGCGUAGUUCGUACGAGAAAGACGAAGGAGUUCUUCGACCGCUUCAUACUUGUUUAAGUUAACACUAAGUCUUACUGGUUUACUUGAUCUGUUUUGAUUACAACUAUAGGCCUCAGUUUACAAUUUGCUUAAAUCAGGUAGGCCUACUAGAGGUCAGGUUUUUUGUUGUUGUUGUAACUUAAGUAUUACUAGUGAUCUUACGAGAAAAGUGUUUUGAUAUUCUUUACAUUUCCAAACGUAUUUUGGACAUUGUUGAUCAAUGUCUUUGUAUUUGUGAUUACUUGUGUUAUAUAAUUAUAUAUCUAUAAAAAUAACAGGAAGAAGAGAAAAAGGCAAAUGUGUAGCUUAUUACGUUGAUUUGCUUGGACUUUCUUAUAGAUUGGUUAGGAAAACAAGAAUUAAUAGUAAAAACCGUUUUACAUGUUUUUAAUGCCUAUAUUGUUGAGCUAUGUUUAAAAUGUCGUUUCGGUAGGUUUAGAACGAGGACGUUCUAGUCUAAGUGGGGGGUUGUGUGACGGAAUGUUACAGUGUUUAACCUGAAGAGGGCGACAUUUUGGUCAGAUUGAUAUAAGUGAUUUGAUAACGCUGCGAACAGGCAGUCCGUGUUUUGUAUUGAUGCAGUAAGGAAUGCAGUAAAGUAAGCUGAAAGAUCAAACAUCAUUGUAAGUUGUCGUUAUUUGUCUCGGAUAUUACUUUGAUUGAAGUGAUUGAUGAAUGCAUGAUUGAGAUCCUCGUUGAAUAGUUGUGAGUUGUGAGAGUCGACU